AUGGCGCACGAUCGAAUUGUUGGCUUCUACGAAGAUCCCGUAGACAGCUUCUCUCGCCCCGUAAAUACUGCAGAGAGCUGGGCGGCCUACCAUUUCGAGAUGCAUGCUCGGAGAUGUGCAUACUGUCACAAUCCUUACGAAGUUCAUCGCAAUCACGAACAGUUAUGUGACGUGGGCCAUGGUCUAGCCCAACAACUAGCCAGAUACAUGUACAUGAUAUCCAAUGGCAAAAUUUACGGUACUGUUGAGGAAGACAACAAAUUGGUUCGCCUCGAGUUGCAUGCCGGAUAUGUAGAAGUCCAAAGUCUCCUCAAAGGUAUCGAACGCAGUAUACGUCAUAGGUCGCGGAGACCCUUCGUUAGUAUGGACAGAUUCUAUUAUGUUUCUCUGCAAACGGAUCUGGUCUCUCCAAGAAGGUCUCACACGGUCGAAGUUGAGCAAGAGUCGACGAGUAAACAGAGUUCUCAGUCGCGCGACAGUGUGAUCGUUGAUUGGCCA